AGGUCCGUCUUUGAAUAAACGAGUCCGUUGUAGUCUAGUUGGUCAGGAUAUUCUGCUCUCACCCGAAAGACCCGGCGGGUUCAAGUCCCGGCAACGGAAAUCAUUUUACCGUUUUUAUUUUAUCAGGGCAUCAAUCGACUCUGUGGAAUUGAAUUGAAUUCAUUACUUAAAUGUUUGAGCAAGAGCUGUAGUAAACUCAAUCUUUUUGUUUUCUCACUGCCAAGUUGCCAACCAUGGCAAAUCUUAGAAACACAAAAGCACAACCGUGGUUGGUGUCCAAAAUUUUCCCACCAACCAAACACCAAACCUCCCCCCUCUCCACCUUCACAAUCCAAAACCCUCAUUCCAAUCCCAACAAAGAAGCUCUUCCCGCCAACUUCCCUUCCCGCCCACCACAACAAACCCACUUGGUGUCGACCAGUUACAGUUUCUGCAAUCAAUCUACACCGUUUGAUCAACCUGAGUUUGGUGAUGUCAUUAGGUCAAACAAGAUGAUUACCAGCUACGUUCGAGCUGGGGAUUUAGAUUCUGCUCUUGGGGUGUUUGAGAAGAUGACGUUUAGGACGACAGUUACUUGGAAUUCGAUUUUAUCCGGGUACGCGAAAACGCCCGGGAAAAUGAAAGAAGCCUGUGAGGUGUUUGAGAAAUGUCCUGAACCAGACUCUUGUUCGUAUAAUAUUAUGUUGGGUUGUCAUUUGCACAAUUUGGAUGUUGAUGCUGCUUUGAAAUUCUUUCAUAAGAUGCCGGUUAAGGACACGGCAUCUUGGAAUACUAUGAUAUCGGGUUUUGCUGAAAACGGGAAGAUGAGGGAAGCUCAUGAGUUGUUUUCGGUGAUGCCAGAGAAGAACAGUGUCUCAUGGAGUGCAAUGAUUUCGGGGUAUGUCAAAUGUGGGGAUUUGGACAUGGCUGUGGAGUUGUUUGAGGUGGCAGCGGUUAAGAGUGUUGUGGCGUGGACUGCUAUGGUUACAGGGUAUAUGAAGUUUGGGAAGAUUGAAUUGGCCGAGAAAUUGUUUAGAGAUAUGCCAGUAAAAAAUUUAGUAUCUUGGAAUGCUAUAAUAUCGGGUUAUGUUGAAAAUUGUCGAGCUGAAGAGGGUUUGAAAGUUUUUAGGUCAAUGAUCGGAGAUGGGGUUUGGCCAAACCCGUCUAGUUUGAGUAGUGUUCUACUGGGUUGCAGUAACCUAUCAGCAUUGAAGAUGGGUAAGCAAGUGCAUCAACUGGUCUACAAAUUUCAGUUAUAUAAUGAUACAACUACAGUAACCUCUUUGGUUAGCAUGUAUUGUAAGUGUGGUAAUUUGGAGGAUGCUCGGAAAUUGUUCACUGACAUGGAACGAAAGGACGUUGUUACUUGGAAUGCAAUGGUUGCUGGUUAUGCUCAGCACGGAGCAGGUCUUAAAGCACUCCAGUUGUUUGAUCAGAUGAGGAAUGAGGGAACAGAGCCAGAUUGGAUAACGUUUGUUGCUGUGUUAAUGGCUUGCAACCAUGCAGGACUAGUAGAUCUUGGGGUUCGGUAUUUUGAUUCGAUGGCAAGGGAUUACGGAGUUGAAGCAAAGCCAGACCACUAUACGUGUAUGGUAGACCUUCUUGGUCGAGCUGGUAGGCUAGUUGAAGCUGUGGAUCUGAUUAAGAAAAUGCCAUUUGAACCACAUUCCGCCAUUUUUGGAACUCUUUUGGGUGCUUGUCGGAUCCACAAGAACUUGGAGCUAGCUGAGUUUGCUGCCAAGAAAUUGCUCGAUCUUGAUCCAGCGAGUGCAGCUGGAUAUGUUCAACUUGCUAAUGUUUAUGCUGCAACAAACAGAUGGGACCAUGUUGCGAAGGUCAGGCGAUCGAUGAAAGAAAAUGGGGUAGUGAAGACACCUGGGUAUAGUUGGAUUGAGGUGCAGAGUGUAGUGCAUGAGUUCAGAUCAAGUGAUCGGGCACACCCAGAGUUGCCAUCUAUACAUGAAAAACUGUUUGAGCUCGACCGCAAAAUGAAGUUGGCAGGCUAUGUUCCAGAUCUUGAAUUUGCAUUACAUGACGUUGGGGAAGAGCAGAAACAGCAGCUUCUGUUAUGGCACAGCGAAAAACUAGCAAUUGCAUUCGGGCUUAUAAAAGUGCCGUUAGGAAGCCCGAUUCGCAUCUUCAAAAACUUGAGAGUAUGCGGGGAUUGCCAUCGUGCCACCAAGUACAUAUCAGCAAUUGAAGAAAGGGAAAUAAUAGUUAGAGAUACCACAAGGUUUCAUCAUUUCAGAAAUGGGGUUUGUUCUUGUGGAGAUUACUGGUAAAUGUACAGAAGUCCGUAGCUGCAAUGGUUAUUUUCCCUGCAGUGUUCCAGUUGACUGGCGGUACUUGGGGGGCAAGCAAAGCAGUACUCCCAUGGAUGUCGCAAAGGGAUAGUAAGAGUCAUAACAAUCUGCUCAACGAAACCAGUACACAUACUUCAGGCAUAACACCACAAAUCUACACGUAAUAGACGGUCUUGCGACCUCUGCUCGGAGUUCUUUCUGAACCCGAUGCCGCAGUAACACCGUCUGAGCUUACACUGCUGUUUGAAGGGAAGCCUGUGACGCUCACUCGAGCUUAGGAAGGAUUUUCUGAGAACUUACGAACUCCAUGCUAACCUUCUUUGUACUCUGGAAUGAGAAUGCAAAUUAAAUUCACAAGAAUAUAUUCUCUCUUUUCUUCUUCA